UCAAUAGUAUGUUACACUUUGUUCAUAUACAUAGUUUAAUAAGUUAUUUUUUGUUAGAAUGGUAUUAUAUCUUUGAAAUAUAAAGAUGAAAGUGUUGAAAAAGUUAUAACUUAUGUAUUGUUAAGAAAAAGAGCGAAAAAGAAGAAAAGAGAAAAAAAAAACGAUGUUAAAAUUUAGUGUAAAAUCAAAGUUUAUGGUGAAAUUUUGUGAACACGUUUUUUGUCUUGUGUUAUCUUAUUGUGGAUUAGAAAAAUAGAGAAAAUAAUUAUCUUUUUUAAUAUGUAUAGGAAUAUUUUACCACUAGAACAACGUAUUUUACAAUGUAGACAUAAUUACAUUAAAAUCAACUUUAAAAAUAUGACACAGCAGUCUGGCAAAUUGAAAGAAUAUGAAGGCCGAAAACUUGUCGGGUUUUCAAUGGAACAAAUUUACACUGUGGUAGCAGAUGUAGGGAAUUAUAAGAAAUUUAUACCUUUUUGUAAAAAGUCAGAUAUUAUUUAUAGAAAAGAAAAUUUUCUUAAAGCUAAUCUAAUUAUAGGAUUUCCUCCACUUACUGAAAGCUAUACUUCUGAAGUAUCAAUGGUACCUUCUUGUCUUGUUAAAGCAGAUUGUACUGACGGCAUAUUAUUUGAUCAUUUGAAAACUUUAUGGAUUUUUAAUCCAGGCUUAAAAAAUAAUGCAAAUACAUGUGUAAUAGAUUUUUCUUUAUCGUUUCAAUUUAAAUCAAUCAUUCAUUCGCAAUUGUCUAAUUUAUUUUUUAAUGAAAUUGUAAGGCAAAUGGAAAAUGCUUUUCUUCAAGAGGCUGAAAAGAGAUAUGGUAAACCAUGCUUAAAAACAGUACGAUUAGAAAGAUAACAAAAAUAAGACGUUCUAUGUAAAUUUAUUGGCAAUCAUAAUAAUUUACUAAACAAUUUAUUUAUAACGUUAAAGAAUUAUUCAAAUAUUUUAUUUCCUUAAUCAUUUUUUGGAUACAAAAUAUCCAGAUAAUAAACAAUAUAACAAA